GACAGCCUCGAACGAUUUCCAUUCUCUAUAUCCAGAGACCGUGUGUGCCGCGGACUCCAAGGUCACCGCCGAAGACCUGCGGGCACGAUGGGCGAUUCUCAUUCAGGCAGUGUUUGUGGUCAUCAGAAUGUUCGACAGGAAUCAAAGGUACAAGGUGAUCGACAGUUUUCUCAGCAGACAGUUUCCAGCGAUGCAGAUCUUGUGUCAGGACAAGACCGUGGACAGCUUCAUUCCAGAUACCAGGGUGGGAUCACGGACGAGGAUGUCAUGCUACCCGGAUCCGAACAAGACGUGCUGCCAUCCAACCAACAGGGAGCACGAGUACACAGUUCCAGCCGGGAAGUUCAAGGAGUGCCUCUAUUGCGGGACGGUCUGGAAGGGCGAGAAGUACCAGAUCAGGCGCAAAGAUCGAUCGCAUCACUCCAUCGGCAAGCAGUUCAUGCGCGCCGCCUUCCUCGUCGGCUCAGCGCUUACCUCCAUCAGCGCGGCCUGGGCGCCCAAAUGCGACGCGAAGAUCAUCGAGUCUACGAAGGAGGAGGUCACCAAGCGCGGAGGCGAUGGACGAGGAGCAGGACUCGAGCUGGGAGCGACCACCUCAUGCGGAAGCCAACUAACGACAGGUCAGGCGAAGAGGUACUACGGUAUGGCCAAGUCCGCCUACAACAACUUGCAGCUCGAGAAGCGCGUCUAUGAGAGACGAAUGCAGAAGAGCCGUUUUCCACGACGCCAGCGACGCGGCUUCGACAUCUACGAGAUCUUCGCGGGCGAGUGCGGCAUCACCCUGCAUGCCACCGACCGCGCCAACGGCUGGGGCAUGCGAGCUCUACAUCCGGUGGACAAGCUGUUCGGUCAGGACUUGAAGAAGCAGAGGGCCAGGAAGGAAGACAAGUGGCGGCCGCGCUUGGUCAUCAUCCAGCUUCCGUGUGCACUCUGGUCGCUGCUCAACCGCAAAGUCAACUACAAGGAGAUGCCCGAGGUGCUGGAGGACCUACGCGAUGAGGUGCGGUGCUUCAUCACCUUCACGAAGGACAUCUUCGACAAGCAGAAGGACUACGGCAACCGCGCCCUGCUCGAGAAUCCCGCUACUGCCGACUCGUGGCGUGAGGAGGCAAUCGUCAAGCUCAGGAAGGACAACUACGAGUGCACCUCUAAUAUGUGCAUGUUCGGCAUGGUCGGCAACCAGGGCCUCCCCAUGAAGAAGCUGGUCCGUUGGUUGGGCACGCAUCCACUUCUCAUUCAAGAGCUCGACCGGCACUGUGACCACAGCCAUCCACAUGAAGAAGUGCAAGGAGGUGGACCUAAUGGCAACACCAAGCUCUCACACGUCUACACCUGGCAGCUAGCCGACGCCAUCUGCCGAGGUCUCACCAGGGUCAUCGAGAGCGAGGAGUUCGGACACGGCAUCUACCUGUGCAGCUACUACCCCGUCUCCUACGACGCUCCAGCCCCCACCGUGCACCACGUCUGCUAUUCGGCGCCCCACAUGGACGAGACAAAGUGGAAGAACAUCAUGCAAUCGGUCGUCGAUGUCAUGAGUCGAAGGAACGCCCCCUCAGCUCCGGUGGCGCAGGACUCAGAGAUGUGGAAGCAGGUGUCCGAGUUGGUUCCCUGGCAGAUCUUGUACGUGCAGGCCGCCUUCCAGCCGAAGGCGAAGCCUACGCACCACGAGAACGAUUUCAAGACCCAGUACGAUACGGGUUGUUCAUUAUCGGACGUGCUCCAGUUGGCGAAGCACCAGCACCACCUCGACCACCGGUCGAAGGCGAAUCACGACAGCCAGUUCCAGUACCCGACGAACCACAGCCAGACGAACUUCAGCCUCAGCCUGGUCAACAACGUGCCGGAGAAGCGCGCCGCCCCCAUCGUUGCCAGGAUGCACCAGAACUUGAGCCACCCGCUGCAGGCUGAUUUCACGAGGUUCCUGAACGCGAGGGAAGCGAGCCAGGCUCGCGACGUUCUCGUCGAGGAGCCCCCAGCUGAAGCUCACUGGCAGUCAGGACGAGUCGAGGCGAACAUCACGCUCUGGAAGCACAUGGCUAAGAAGGUGAUUGACACGAUGCAGCUUGCCGGAGUUGAGGACAUGAAGCUGAUGGCACCUGCGAUCAACCAGUCUCGCAAUUCUCGUGUUCGACAAUGCGGUGCUUCACCAUAUCAGUGGACUUUCGGUAAGGACCCGAGGAUCCCCGACAGCAUCACCGACCCAGCUAACUCUGCCGUCGUACACAGCGCCAUGACCGCAGAUGCCGAACUUGCUAAACGAGCCCGGGUACGAGCCCUCGCAGACAUGGCCUUCACCGAGUACGACAGGUCCGAGUCUCUCAAGCGCGCGAUGCUUCGAACGCCAACUACACCGCCUACUUCACAGGCGCCAGGUGCGACCUACGUUUGCUUCAACGGCACUGAGCAGAACUCUGCCAUUCCGAUCUACAUGUGCGAGCAGUAUACUAUUCUCGAGUCGCCAGCCUACGAGGUCUACCUCAACAACAACGGCAGCUUCACUAUGACCAAGAAGGACCAGAAGGCGCUCAUUCGUGAGAUCCCCUACUCGCAGAUCCCUGCAGAUCAGCUACAUCUAUUUCGAGAAGCUCUGGCCCGUGAAUGGUCAUCUUGGCAACGUUUCUCAGCCGUGGAGGUCUUGGAUCUGAAGACGUCCAAGUCUAUCGAGAGCGACCCCGAGAAGAAGAAGAAGCUCAUUAUUCCAUCAAGAGUCUGCUACCGCGAUAAGAAUGCCGGACGUGGAGUUUCCGAGAUCGACGCCAAGGCGAGGAUCGUGGGUAUCGGCUACAACGACCCCGACAUCAUGACUCUCAGACGUGACGCACCAACACUUACGAGAGCUGGUUUCUACAUCUUGCUGCAGACGAUCUCGAGCUGGGACUUCAACCUGUUCGGAGAACUUCGUGACUUUCUUAUGCGCAUCGGUGGCAAGCAGUGCCUGCUGGACAAGGCUCUAUUCUGUUUCUACAACAAGUCAUGUCGCAUUAUCAUGAUUAUCGGCAUCCACGUGGACGACCUCAUCGGAGGCGCAGGUGCUCGAGAAGGCUCCAAGCUCUUGGAGACCAUCCGCCAGAGGUUCACUUUUGGUAAAUGGUGGGACAACAAGUUGACCUACUGCGGCAAGCAUCUUAGCAAGAACGAGAACGGCACGAUUUUCAUCAACCAGAAGGAGUUCUGUAGUCAAUGCGUGCCGGCGCCACUGCCGCGAUGGAGAUCUGCGACGCCUGAGGCCGAGCUCACCAUCGAGGAGAAGACCAAUUUCGCGAGCGGUGUAG